UUGCAAGUAAUGCAAGGGAGGGAAUUCUCUAAAAACCCCUACUUUGUUUUGCUGGAUAAAUGAUGGCUUACUCAUCUGCAUCUCUGCCAGAUAUGAUGGACAAGCCUGCAGUAAACGAUGCACACCACCCUCAGCCAAUCAUGAGGAGGGAGCAGAACAAGAGUAAGAAGAUUUCUCGACGAGCUGCUAGAUGUGCGUUUAAGACCCGGUCCGAAUUCGACAUAUUGGAUGAUGGGUACAAGUGGCGAAAGUAUGGAAGGAAAUUCGUCAACAAUAACCCUAAUCCCAGGAAUUAUUACAGGUGUUCCACUAGCAAUUGUAAUGUGAAGAAAACAGUGCAAAGGGACGCGGAUGAUAAAGGAAUAGUGAUCACCACGUACGAGGGGAAACACAAUCAUGGAAGCUCAGUCAUCUACUACAUUGAAAAUCCUGCAAUAGCUGGAUCAGUGCAGGCUUCGCCUUUUGAGCAUCUUUCUGCUUCACAUGCUCUUCUUGGACACUCUAAUGGUUACCAGUAAUCUAGACGGCACCAUGUAGUUUGUGUUUAAUUGCUUUGUCCUUAGACAUAAUUAGUGUUCCUAAAAGAAAAAUGAUGGGAAUCACCUCAUUUCUGUUUCGAGGAUUAACAAGAAUGUAUUUUCGGCUACUCUCUGCUUCUACCAUAAAUAAAAUUAGUUAACAAUAUGAUUUAA